AUGGCCUCCACUGCUCCCAUGACCUCCAGUGUGCCAUCUUUAGCGACACUUGGGCUCCUUGCCGUCUAUACUCUGAUCAUUUACAUGUUCGGUAAUGUGGUAUACAAUCUAUGGUUUCACCCGUUCAGACAAUAUCCGGGCUCGAAAUUCGAUGCAGCAACCCGUCUUCCGUAUACUUUUCGUCUCUUGCGGGGUUCGAUCACCCCACGAACAAAGGAGCUACAUGAUAAGUAUGGUCACGUUGUCCGUAUUGCUCCCAAUGUCCUCUCCUACACGUGUGGCGAGGCAUGGAAUGGUAAGCCUCUCGCAAAGGACUGCACCGACCAUCUCAAGCUUUCUCUGAUCGAAUAA